AUGGCGAGCUCAACAAAGGACGCUCUCUUCAUCUACCGCAUCUACAACAAAGAUGACUACGAAUCCAUCGAACACGAACGCCCUGUACCAUCCUUCCUUUGCGAUCCAACGAACGCCAUAAGUGGCAGCCAGCAAUACCUCUCCGCCUUCUUCGACGUCCUCACUGUCGUCAACGCUGAGUUCCAUGAUGAGUGCAUGAAGAACGCCAAAGAUGGUUGCGCGCGAUGCGGCAACCCAGCAAUCGAUGCCCUCAAAUCACCAAUGCCCUAUCUUCACCUUCCAAACCCCCUCGUCGUCACUCAAGUAAUGCCAGUGUGCAGCUCAAAGGAGUGUGAAGCCGUGACAAAAGAAGGGUUGCAGAAGAUACAAAAUGCGGUGGCACAGAACCGAAGUGGCAUCGAUGGAGAACGGUCGGAUCUUGGGAGGUUGAUCUGCCAGAAUUGUCAGAAGACGGAUGUCAAGAAGUGUGGGAGGUGCGGUACAGUGGCAUACUGCAGCAAGGAGUGUCAAAAGAAGGUCUGGAGGACCCAUAAGAGGGUUUGCUUUCCAAGCAAUAUGGGCGUGCCUGUGGAGGACCCUGAGGAUAUGCCGAUGUAA